AUGAGUUUGAUUCAAUCCCUCUCAAACAAACAUUGGCAGGAGACUCUGGAGUUCCCCAGUGAAGGUAUUCGUUUUUUUUUUUUUUUUAAAAAAAAGGGUGUUGAACCUUUCGAGAUAUACAGAACCUCUUAAAAUGGUGCCUUCAUCUUGUUAGGAUUUAAAGAGUACUUAAUCUCACGUUCCCAAAAAAGUGGCGAUAACUACAAAUACGUCAUCUAUGAAGCUGACAACGAGGACAGCCCUCCCCGGACAGUCGUGCUUGAAGGCCCAGCAAACGACACAAGGGAUCCUCUGAAGGGAUAUCGCCGGGUGGAGCUUGCAGUGAGUUCGAUCAAUGAAAAGUCAUACAUCACUGGUAUAAAAAACGGCGACGAUUGCGUUUUGAAGAUUACUGAUGAACAAACUUAG